AAAGAUAGAUGUGUGUCUGAUAUUUAUGUUGGAUUAAUUUUUGGAUCUUACGCUUUUGUAAUUUUCCUGACUUCCCCCCCAUGUGGAGUUCUUGUAAGUAUAUGCACUGCAAAGUACAUUCUUGUUUUGUACUAAAAAUGUGUAAAAUAUACCCAUUUAACUUAACCUCGGCUUCGUUCUUUCACGAAAAAUCAAGUGAACUCAUUAGCACCAAACCAAUCCUUCUAGUAACAUGAAAAACAUUUUCAUUGCAGGUGCCAAAAUAUGGUGCUCGCACUAUGCUUGUAACAGGUACUUUUAUCGCUGGUACAUCCCUGAUGCUAAUGGGGUAAGCAGAAAACUCUAUAUUCUAGUUCAUUGAGGUGAUUCCUCAAUACUGCACUGCGCAUCUAGUAUUGCGCAUACCAUCACCUAUAUCCUGCGAAUUAGUGCGCAUGGUCUUUUUCACUUAAACGAGCACGGUGACCUAUAUUUUUCAACGCAUAAUUUGAUGCUUAAGUUGUUCCAUUUGGGGGAAAAAUUCAAUGUUUAGCACGUUUAAGUCCUGAACGAGAAGCAGGUUCGAGAUUGAAUCCCCUUUGUAUUUCUUGUCAUUUCCUUUUACCGUGACAUAAUGCGCUUAAUAUUUUGUCUUUUUUUCAGAUUUGGCGAAGUGAUCUUUGAUCCGACAAUGUUCAUAAUAUUUUGCUUUGUGUUACGAAUAACAUCAGCCAUUGGGGCAGCAGCGGCUGAAACUGCUGUCCUUUCUUUAAUGCUGCAGAAGUUUCCAAAUGAUACCGGAACAGUUUCUGUAUGUCUGCAUUUGAAUUUGUGUGCAUGAGCAUAGUAAAUGCAUGUGCAUGAACGUGAAUGCGAGAGCAUUGAUUUUUUAAUGCAUGAGAUGUAACAUUAAGGUUCCGCUAAAAGAUAAACGUGAAGAGGAUAUUUUAUUUCUCAGACAACUCACAAGGCAAACGUUGUACUGUCCAAAAACAAAACGGAUACAACAUUUUCUGUCCUCUUCACCCCACAACACGCUCAAUCUUAAGUCCGCAUCAGUUUGAAGACAUAACCGUACGGCUAAACUUGAGUCUUGAAUUUCUCCAUAGCUAUGUGAACGGCACCAACAUCGUUUUGUUUCGGGCUUUUGAUUGUUGAUAUCUCUUGAUACCUCUUGCGCCUUUUUCCGUUGUUUGAUUGAUAUUCAAGAACUUUCAAGCGCUUGUCUUUCGUAAGAAUCAGUACAAGGAAUGGUAUGCAGUUGCCAGUAAAUUUGGCAACACACUUUUAAUUUGUGAUCAGUCUAUGAUCUUUUUAUUUCCAGUUUGGCUGGAAAAAAUGUAAAGAGUGAUUCUUGUCUGGUACAUUUGUGUUUAGGGAGCAGUGGAGACAUCUUGUCUUGUUGGAUCUUCCUUUGGUCCAGUUUUUGGAGGGUUUCUGUACACAGUAAGUAAAAAACCUGGUAAAUCCCUAAGUGCCUAUGGCGUUAUUUCAAAUUUAGGCCGAUAAGAAGAUAAAAUUCGUAUCCACGUACAGCCAUGUCACAUGCUUAGUAUUCGUAUUAUCAUGAGAAAAUAACAGUUACCCCUUAUUUUUCUCUUGCCUCUUAAUAUAUGUACCCCUUCAUUUCAAAAUAUUUAGGCUUAAGGUAUGCAAUGAUGCACCAUCACAUUAAAUUGCGUUUUAUUUUUUCAUAUAUUUUCUUUUCAGGUAGGUGGCUUCAAACUUCCUUUCAUUCUCAUGGGUCUAAUUCUAUUUUGUAGCAUUGGAGUUUUAGCUUUUCUGCUUUCAAAAGAAACAGGUUGGUGA